GAACCACCCAUCCCAACGAUCCCAUCAUCUUCUCCUCUUCUCUCUCUGCCAUCUCAGAAAGAGCCCCAAAUUCGUCUAAGAAGAAAGCUACAGAACAAAUUUCGCACUUUAAUUUGGAAAAAAAAAAGGCGAAGAAGAAGAAGAUAGAGGAAAGAUUCUGUGAUGCCGCACCUUCUACUCCACCAUCCGCACCUGCAUCACGCACCGUUAACACCUCACCACCACCACCGCAGUCCUCUACCACGACCGCCUUCCACCACCAGUAUACUCCAAAGACGCUCGCUCACCGGAAAACCGCAUCCCCUAUGCGGCGUCGUUCUGCGCCCUCCUACGCCGCAGCUGAACAGAAAUGCGAGGGUUGUGAAGUGUAUGGCGAAUCCGAGGAGAGUGCAGAUGGUGGGGAAGCAGAUAUUGAGGGAGCUCUCCGAUAUGCUCCUCACUGAUAAGGUCAUCCAGUCCGCCGUCCUCCCUGAGGCGGCGCUUGGCGCGGAUCGUUAUAUCUCCUCCCUCACCACCAUCAGCGACGUCGAAGUCUCCUCUGAUUUGCAGGUGGUUAAAGUGUAUGUAUCUGUCUUUGGGGAUGAAAGAGGUAAGAAGGUCGCCAUAUCUGGGUUAAAAUCAAAGGUUAAGUAUGUUCGCAGCGCAUUAGCGAGGCGUAUGAAGUUGCGGCUGACUCCUGAGAUACGCUUUAUAGAAGACGACUCUAUAGAGCGAGGAAGCAGGGUGAUUGAGAUUCUCGAUAAGUUGAAAAAGGAGAGGAUGAAUGCAGAAGGUCAGGACGAUGACCAAUACGAUUCUGAUCUACCCGAUGAUGACAGUGAUUGGGAUGAUGAUGACCCUGAAGAUGAAGGCAUCAUUUAUGUAAAGUAGUUGCUCCCUUAUUUGCUCAGCAUUUGCUUCUGCCCUAUGUUGGCAAAAUGUUUCACUUCUUCACAGGUUUGUUUUUCCCUCAGUCUCAUAGAUAGGUGUCGCCAUUUUGCUUUUCUUUUCUUUCUUAGAGAACGUAAUUAUGAAUUAUGCAGCGAUUUUCAUCCCAUCGAGUUUGGAGUAUCUAUUUGCUUAUUCAACAAUUUCCUGGUAUUGUCAAUAUAUGGCCCAGACGUCAAAAUCUUUGCUUAAGCAACCUUUAUCUCUCGGGGGUUCUGAAACUAAAUCUGUACCUUAUCUUCAGCUGCAUCCUUGGAUCAGUUCACAUAUUUCAGCGCUACAUGAUGUACCAAUCUGAUACUUUGAGGAAUAAUUUGGAUAUUUAAAGAAGUGGAAUUGUUUCAAAUGUGGAGUUAUACUUCAUUCUAAACCAUAUCUAUUGUAAUGGUUCAUAGGAGUAUAGAAUGCAGGAAUUUUCUGACCAAUUAUGGGCGGCCUGGGUUGCCUUUCAUUUCCGCAAGGGAAGUAAUAAUGUCUAAAAAGAUUUUUGGUAUUUCUCCAACGAAUUUUUUUAUUAUUUGGUGGUUUUCAGUUGUCACUUUGCAGGUACUAUAUAAUACUUGUUUCGGAGCAAAAUCAAUCUGUUAAGUAUUACAGUGCCUUGUUUAUGCAGGUUACAAACACGAUUUGAAGUAUCUUCUCCAAAUUUCUGCUCUCAUCUGACACAGAAAUGUUUAAUCUUGGAUGACAUUUCUCAUGGAGAACGGGAAUCCUAUGUAACUUGCUGGUUAUUUCCUUCUUUUCACUUAGAAAUUGUAUAAAAUUCUGAAUUGAGUUGCAAUAUCCAAUUUCAAGCAAUGUGUUGACUUUC